AUGACUAGUCCACGUACGAGAUUCGUUCUGAUCACCGGGUGCGGCGAAGGUGGCAUAGGUCAUGCUCUUACGAAGCACUUUGUCGCAUCAGGUUUGAGCGUUAUUGCGACGCUGCUACCACACGAAGGACGAAAGCAUCUGGAUCAUCCUCAAAUCCAUGUAUUGGAUCUUAACGUAACCAAAGAGGAGGAGAUGUUGCCGUUCAAGAAACAGGUCGAGGCCAUCACAGCCGGCAAGCUCGAUGUGUUAGUCAACAAUGCUGGAAUCUGCUAUACCAUGACAGCGGCCGACACGGACGUCCGGCAGGUGGAAAAGAUGUUCGCCGUCAAUGUGUUUGGGCCAAUGCGCAUGGUACAUCACUUCCACAAGAUGCUCGUCCGCGCCCGCGGUACCGUGGUCAACAUUGGGUCGAUUGGGGGCGUAUGUCCGUAUGUCUUCGGGGCGUCAUACAACGCGACCAAAGCAGCGCUCGUCCACUACGGUAAUACUUUGCGCGUCGAAAUGAAGCCUUUCGGAGUAAAGGUAAUAAACGUUAUCUCAGGAGAGGUGUCUACCAAUAUCCUCAAGAGUGAUGUACGUGACAGUCGCGCACUACCAGAGGACUCGAUUUACGCACCUUUGGCCGGGGUAUUCAAAGCUCACAUCAACAGAAGUCCUGACGCUAUGACUCCGGACGAAUACGCCAAGGGCGUCGUGGCUACGGUCCUGAAGCAAUCACCCCCUGUCUGGUUCUGGUAUGGGAACUCGACACUGCUGGUGAGAACGUUGGAUACAUUUCUGCCACGCACAAUUUGGGACUGGCUCUUCUAUAGGUGGUUUAAUCUGAAGACGCUCGAAGGUACCUUUACGGAAAGCUGAAGACAUGGCACAAUUGUGCUUGGUGAUAUAAACUAGCUCACAUAAGUCAAUGACCUCAAUGACCAAGAAUGAUGUAUAUGUUUAAAUGAUAUUGUGUCGC